CUGCUGUUGACACUUUUUCGCAUGCGCAGUCACUUUGACGUUUUUCCUUGUCAGGGGCGUAAAAUCAAAUCGUCAACAAAAAUUAUCUUGACGCCAUUUUGUUGAAAUUCGAAAUAAAAUAAAAAUUCGCAUCCGGAUUUACAAGGGCGAUCUUGCCAGUUUUCAAAAGUGUUACGGCCGGAAUGUGUCUGUGAUAUACUCCGUGAAUCGGCGUAGUGAAUAUUUCCUUUUUUUGUGAUAUGCAGUAAUAAUAAUAAUAAUAAUCUACCUUCUCUGUCGUUUACCCCGUAACAUUUGUGUAUAAAGAGAAAAGCCAGAAGAGCAGCUAUUAGGUGAAGAUGAGUACCAAAGACGAUGAAUACGAUUAUUUAUUCAAAGUUGUCCUGAUAGGAGACUCAGGUGUAGGAAAAAGUAACUUGCUGUCCAGAUUCACUAGGAAUGAAUUUAAUUUAGAAUCCAAAUCUACCAUAGGUGUCGAAUUUGCCACAAGAAGUAUACAGGUAGAUGGUAAGACAAUAAAGGCCCAAAUAUGGGAUACAGCUGGUCAAGAAAGAUAUCGUGCUAUAACUGCAGCUUAUUAUAGGGGCGCUGUAGGAGCUCUCCUUGUCUAUGACAUUGCCAAACAUCUCACCUAUGAAAAUGUUGAACGUUGGCUGAGAGAACUGAGGGAUCAUGCUGAUCAGGUAAAUAUUGUGAUAAUGCUGGUAGGCAAUAAGUCUGACUUGCGACACUUGAGAGCUGUCACAACAGAGGAAGCGAAAGCAUUCGCUGAAAGGAAUGGCCUCAGCUUCAUUGAAACAUCUGCCUUGGACUCGACCAAUGUUGAUCUGGCUUUCCAAAAUAUACUCACAGAAAUCUACAGAAUCGUGUCGCAGAAACAGAUCCGCGACCCCCCGGAAGGUGACACCAUCCGGCCCCAGAACGUAGAGCCAAUCGACGUGAAACCCACCAUGAACACGGACGGCGUGCGAAAGCAGUGUUGCCAAUAAUCCAUCCUACCGCCCCCCAAACACCAACUUUACUAAUACAUACACUGAUCUGCAAAAGUACUACUAGCAAUACUGCGGGUGCAUGUAUAAUGCUAUAUACACAAGUGAGUCAUCAACAAAGUAUAUAAAUUUAAAAGAACUGCUUGAAAUGCUUUGAAAUUUUCACACAAGGUUAAUACUACGUGGUGGAGGAGCUAGGGGAAAAAACAUGAGGGUAUCAAAAUCGCUCAAAUUCCGUUUUUUUACGAUUUGGCGGCUCCUGAUCAAUUUCAGAAUAAUUUUUGCAGGGGUUGAAAAUUUGAUGUUGGGGUAGCGGAUAGUAGAUGUUAAAUUUUGGAUGCUUACAAUUUAUAUGUUUCCAACACAGGUUUCAACAGGUAGCAGCCAUUUCGUCGUCAAUGUUUGUCUUUGCAGCAUCAGCUAAAAAGCCUUCACACACUAUAUAGCUGCUUGUGUAUUUAUUAUUUACCUAUAUGUACCUAUUUAUUAUUUCAGCAGAUCUUUUCUUCUUGUCACUAUAUUAAUGUAAGUAUAGCGCCUUAGAAUAAUCUUCAUAUAUGCCGACAUUCCACUUAAAAACACUAGGAUCUGAGGAGAAAUUUUCGAUUUUUUGGUCUUGUAUUUUGGUUUUGACACUUUACAAAUAUCUGUCAUGUGAUGUUUUAUUCUGGUUUUAACGAACUUUUUGCAGCUGUUUAUCGAAGGAGUUGAUCUUUAAAGAUAUGAAUAUUAUUCCUUGGUGCCACUUUUAGAUAUUGAAAAUGCAUCGCCUAGUGAUGAUAAUUUUAUAAUUUAUUAUCUUGGUUUUGCUGUGCAUUAGAGCGUUAUUGUAUUUGAUUAGGUUUGUAUAUUUGAUUCAUCCCUUUUUCCCUUAUUUGUCCUUUUGGAAGAAACCCUUUUUUCUAUAAUAUAUAGCAUACUAUAUAAGUAAUGAAAUGAAUUUGUCAUUGGUAUGUGCUGUCACUGAGCAUAUAUUUUACCUGUUCUGUAAUAUAUCUGGAAAAUUAUAGAUGAAAAGUAAUAUUUAACUUUGGUGCAUAAUAUACACUUAUUCAUACAGAGCAAGCCGGAUCUAUUGUCUAGUACAAUUAUUAACGUAAUGAAGAAAUAUUGAUUGUCAGAGCCAUAGAGAUAUUUCUACCCAAAUAUCGUUUAGGAAGCACUUUACAAAGAACUUCUUUACUAUCGGCAGUGUUCUUAUAUUUGCUGGUGGUAGAAACAAUUUUUUGUCUUGCAAUUUGAUCUGCCCUUGCUGUGUAUAUCUUGUAAACUGUACGAUAGUUGAAAUAUUUCCCGUUUAAAGUAUUAAAUGUGCUACGAGAAUCAAUAAUAUUGAACUACACCUGUGACUUUUUUAGCAAAUUUUAAAUCGCGUACACACCGCUCAGUAUGUGUCUUUUCUUCGGAGAGAAAAAGAGCUUAGUAGACAUGGUGUGGCUGGAUUUGUGAUCUUUGUUUAUAGUAGUUGGAUUUUUAAAUUUGUACUCUCUUGGUUCUUUGUUUUUCGUGUAGAUAGAGAACUAAAUAAUUCUGUUAUUGAUAGCCAUAUAUAUAUAAAAGUAUGUACGUCACAGUUAUGUUAUUUGGACGCUGAGAACAAAUGAUAUAAUUGUUGGUCAGAUGUAAUAUAAGCUUCUUUAUAAAAUAUAUUAAGUUUACUUUUUAUUAAAAUAAAAUUUAUGUAACAUCAUUG